AUGGGGAAGUGGGCCAAGUAUGCGAGGAAGUAUAAAAAUGAAUGGGAGCAAGACCCCGAGCUCAAAGUCGAGUUUACAAGCCUUAUAGCAUCACUGUUUCUAAAUUGGCCUAGCUGUAUUCUGCAUCAUUUUUAUAGUUUUACAGUCGCCUGUUGUAGCUGCAGGCUGAAGUCACCUUUCACCUGUUUUCUAUUGCAGAUAGACCGUGAGAAGUAUUUCCGAGGAGUGCAGUGGGUGCAUGACUUGCUGACUGGCAUAGAGUUUGAGCCAGACCGGAUCCAAGUUGUGGCUAACAAGAUGGUGAAGGAUGUGGUCAAGAAGAAGCGUUCAGGAAUAAAGAUCACUGGAACACUCAUACGGAUACUCUCCUUUCGGCCAGAAAGUAAUCAUACUGCUGGCAGUAUGCUGCGACAGCAGACCUUCCUGUACGACUUGCUGCGGCAGCUGAAGGUGGAUCCAACCAAGGUGAUAAAAAAGCUGAUGGAGGUUAAGGAGUUCCUGACACGACCUGAGAAUGUGACUGUGCACCUGGCUGCAAAUAUUGAAAAGUUGUCACUGCAUGGUGAUCUAAAAACACCUUGGACAACCUGCAUCAUCCGACAGCCAAGGCCUCCAUCCCCUAUGAAAAGUUCUGCGCAGGUGCCGUGCCAUGCACUGCUGUUUCGUGGCACUGAGCAGGGUCUUCCACGGGAUGUGAUCACAUCUGUGGGCUCAGUCGAGUCGGCCUUCCUGACCCAGUGCUCACCUAGCCUCAACUCUUAUACAAGCCCUGACCUGCCUCCAUUGCUGGUGCUAAUCCAGUAUCUCGUACAGCUUGAGGGUCCCAUGUGGCGGCAAAUCCGUGGCCAGGGCCUGUCGUAUAACUAUGACCUGCAGUUAAGACCCUGUGAUGGCCUGCUCUACUUCGUGCUGACCAAGUCGACACUGGUGGCAGCUGCAUACCGUGAGGCAAUGCAGAUAGUACAGCGGCAUGCUACAGGCGAGGAGGAGUGGGAUGAAGAGCUGCUGGAAGCGAGCCGUAGUAGCCUGAUGUUUGAGAUAAUUGAGAAAGAGAAGUAUGUCAACGAGGUUGCCCUCCAGUCCAUGCUGUCCUACCUUCGUGGCAUCGACAUGAGCUACACCAGGACCCUACUGGAGAAGGUGGCACAAGUGAAGCUACAAGACAUGGUGCGUGUGGGAAAGCAGUAUCUGUCUUCGCUCUUUGACCCUGCUGUGUCCAAGCUGGCCAUUUGCUGCCACCCAUCCAAGGUUGAUGAUACUGUUGCUGCUUUCAAAGAGUUCCGGAGAAACCUCACAGUUGUUACAUCUCUGGAAGAUAGCAUUUUUGCAAAGUAUUAAAAAUAUGGUCAAUCAUCAAAACGUCGAACCAAAAACUGACACAGCCCAAGCCCAAAGCUGAGGAUUUAAGCAAGUCACACUUUGUGCGCAGCUUUCUUAUUUCUAAACUGUUCUCUAAGUUAAGGACUGUGCUUGUUUGUUGAGGUGCACCACACUUGUCAUCGGCACUGAUUUUUUAAAUAAAGCCUAUUCAAUUGU